CAAUAGAGAUGAUAGAUCGGGCAGAAGAUGAUCCAAAAAGUGAAGGCUCACCCUUUAUAAGAAAGGAGCGAAAGUCACUCGCAUUUUAAUUAGAAAAGAGGAACGAAGUCACUCGACCGAAGUUUUAGAAUAUGUUCAACCGAAGGGCGAAGGGAGAGGAACGAAUAUACUCGAACUUUGUGAGAGGAGUGCAGGAUUUCACUAUUGGGUGGGUAAAAUCUUUGGUCGGACAUACCCAGAAACUUUAGGUAACAAUCACUUCAACCCUAAACCCUAAACUCUAAACCCUGAACCCUAAACCCUAAAAAGGCGUAGGCUUCGGGCAAUUUUGUGAAGAAAAAACUACCUGAAAAAAGGUCAGAAUUAAGGCUCAACAUAGGUAAAUCAGGAGUCGUAUAAUUGCACUUCCUCGGGAUAAACCCUCGUGCAAGUCAUCCUCCUUAAACGUCAUAAUAUCACCAGGGAAUUUAUAUUUUCCCACAUGUGCAUCCAAAUACAACAAUCAUGAAAAAUCAUACCCAAUCACCUUUUCGAACCAUCAUAAGGCAUAUCAACAGUCAAGCCCACAAUUUGCAACAUAUACCAUAAAGUUUUUGUGAUCCAUCUCGAUUAGGGCAAGUCAAUAAUAUCAUACAGUAGUCCAUGGUUCACCAUAUAGCACAAAAGUUCAUACACCCUUAAUCAUGCCAUUCUAGUUCACCUAGGUCAAUUCUAAGCAUCAAUAUAAUUAUCGUGAUACAACAAACCCGGUAUGCCGUGCUAAUCCCUCACCAGUUCUGGUUGUUCAAACACCGGUUCUAGCCUCCCGUACUAAAACGUCAAUUUCACGAACGAACCCCGAAUUAAAAUCCGAGACAAUCCUAAUAUCCCCUGCAGUAUCCCCGUUAAUAUUAGUUCUAGGCUCCGGAUCAAAUUCUAGAUAAAAACACAUCAAAACCUGGCCGGAGCUAAAUUCAGCGAUUUGGACCCCGACCUAAAUAAUUUCCGAAAUUCAAGGAUUAGAACUAGGGGAUUGAUUACCUCGCUGCAGGAAGCUUGUAUAUGAAAUUUGGGCUCAAUCCGGCUUCCGGAUACUCCGAAACCCUAAUUUGGCUUAUCGGGAAUUCAAGAAAUUCAUGAACCAAAAGCUCGUUUUAAAGCUCUAAAUCAAUAAAUCACGAUGAAUGGAUGGAUUAGGCAUUACUUACGGGAUUUUUGGAUCACUAGAGCUCAAGAAUUGAGCUCGGAGAAUUUUUCUGUUCCCUCCCCUGCGCGCCCUCUGCUUCUCGGUUUCUCUCGGCCCAAUUUAAUGGAACAGAGAAGGUGAUGAAAUAAUGGACGGGGGAUUAUAUAUAUGCGGCCCCGACCGCUUAAUAUACAUAUAUAAUACGUAUACUUAUCCGAUCGAUCGAUAAUCCAAUUUUCGUCGAAAUACUAUCAAAACGCUCGAUUAUAAAUCGCGAACUUUCUAGCGAUCGAAAUAUGGGCUUUGCCGAAACGGGAUGUUACAACCUUAACUUCAAGGAGGUUCUUAGGUGGACCGAAACUUGAAGAGCAACCGUCCGACUCACGACGUUAAAGAAGCGCUUUUUGGGAGGCAACCCAACCACCAUCUGUUUGUUUUCUUUUGGCUUCAAUAAGUCGAUCCUUUGUUUUGCCGCCUCCUUGCUCUUCCGGAUCUCCCCCGCCCUCCGCUCCCGAACACCAACAUUCACCACUAUCCGGUAACAUCGUUCUACCUCCUUCUCUUACGCCAUUGAGGGCAAUGUCGAGCUUAAGUGUGAGAGGCGGGUAGUCCUUUAUGCAUAGUUGAGUGAAUGAUUGGUGUGAUUUUGAAUGCUUGGAGCCUUGAUGUAUGCCCAAAUUUGAAAACAUUUGAGGGCUCCAAGCAAUGUUUGGAUGAUCAAAGUGGCAGGUUUGUGGGAGAAUCUUGUGUUUAUUGGCAUUGAUCUUGAAUUGUUGCAUGUGAUCGAGUGCGUCCUAUGAUGAUGACUGAGUGGUCCAUUAGGAUAGUGCAAAGUUGCGUUCUCAUGUCUCCAUAAAUGAAUGGAUGUCUUGACUCGAUUACUUGUUGAUUACAAUUGCCAUGCAUUGUGUUUUGUGAAAGUGGAAUGAAUGAUUGGGUGACUAUGUAUCCAUGUGAGUUUUGAGCAGAUCGUUUUCUUCUUGUGUGCUUAGAUCCCUCUUACCAUGGCGAGUAACAUCACAGUUGUCACUACUGAAUACGAUGGAGGCAUAGGAUUAGUCCACGCCCAAAUGUUGAUUGUCCCGAAAUGUUUUAUCCCCUAGUCAACCCCUUUGAGCCUUGUGACUUUGGGGGUCGUUCUCGUCUUAGGAGCUUUUGCUUGUGAGAUUAAUGGUGUUGAAAGAAAGAUCUCCCACCCUUUCUUCGUGUUUAUACAUGUGUCGUCCUUGUGUCCCAAAGCUCUCGCUCUUGAGCUCCAUUGAGGUUCUACAUAGGAGGAUUGUGUGCGGUUCUUGCUAGGAACGAAAGUGAAAGGAAGAGUAGUGUUGGAGUGAGUUCUUAAAAAGAGAGCAUUGAUCGUUAAAAGUAGUGUGGCAAAUGUUUGACUCUCUAGUACCCCCCCCCCCCCCUCAAAAAGGAAAGAUAAAGAAAGAAAAGAAAAGUAGAAAGAAAGAAAGAGAAAGAGAAACGAAAAAGAGAUAAUAAUACAUGGUCAAUAAAGUAGAGAGUGCCACAAAAGAAUCAAAGAGUUUGAUCUAGGUGAGGUUUCUUGGCACACAAGCAAUUGAGACCUCCAUACUUUCUUAGAAAUCCUUCACUACCAAAUCGAAAUGUGAUAGCAAGAGUAGACCGAGGAAGAGCGCUUAAUGGAAGUUCAUGAUGGGUGAUAGUUUGGAAGGGAGAAGCAAGGUUUUUGGUUGAUACUAGUGGUCGUUGUUUGUAAGGAAGGUUCCUAGUCGAAACCAUAGAACCUUCGGGUUUAGGGUGAAGAUGUAGGAUCUCAUGAUGUGUUUGCCACCACCCAAAAAACCUUUUCCCCGUGUCCAAGACAAUUGCCAAUCAUUUGAACCUGUUUCUAAGACCUCCGGACAAGCUAGUGAUGUCAACCAUCCCGUAAACUCUAACCUUUAGAGGUUGUCUCCGUGGUGAAGAGACGAUAGGGCCGAGUGUUGAUGAUUGUGCACAUUCUUUGCACCAAAAAGGUCCCGACCCAACUAGUCAAGAGAGUGAGUGAUUCAUUCUUGUUUUGCAUGUUAUACAUACCCCGGUGAGGACCUUUGUUGCCCUAUUUGUUCGUUCCUUGGACUUGAAUGUUAUGCAUGGUUAGUUGUGGUUUAUAAGUGAUUUUUUUGAGACUUUCAUUGAUUCAUGAACAAGGUGAGAAUUUUUCGUUUGCCCAUUUUGGUGACCUCGAAUGUCGUUUGUGGUGGAUGUCGGUAUUGCUUGCAACGAUCCAUGUGUUAAUUGUCAAUAGCCAUUUGAGAUUCACCACUUUGUGCCCUUUGAAUUGUCCCUAAAUCAUUUUGAUAGGUUGAGAUAUUACCUUGUGUAAAAUGGGUUUGCUUGGGGACAAGCAAACGUCUAAGUGCGGGGGAGUGAUUCUGGCCUAAUUGCACACAUUUUAUCCUCCUUUCCCUUGGGCUUUUGUAGCAUUUGAACUCCUAAAAGGGUGGUUUUACGCAAGGUUUUGUGCGUUUAAGUGCGUUUUAGGAUCCAACAGGUGAAACCAGCUCCGGAGUCGAAAGUUGGACGAAAAGAGGCAAAGACUGGGAAAAAGGGUGAUUCAGGCAAGGUUCACGGUUUUAAUGGAGUUCACGGUCUCCUAUGGCCGUGAACUGAAGCCCAAAACCGUGAACCGCGAGACGUCCAGGGAGAAAUUCGCAUUUACUGGAGCAAGACCGUGAAUUGAGCCCGAUAUUGAUAUAAAAUGUGAGCUGAAAGGAAGAAGAGGGAGAGGUUCUUUUUUAGGUUAGGUUUAAGUUUUCAGAAUAAAUAGGGUUUCUAGUAAGAGAUUAGGGUUUCCUCUUCCCAUUCUAGAGAGGAAGUGCCAUUCAAAGGAGGAAGAAGGAGAUUUGGGCUUGCCUUAAGCUAGAGGAGUGAAGAUUCUUACCUCUCAAAGGAGAUUCAAGCAAGGAGGAAGGAAGAUUGUCAUCUCUUCAUGGUUCUUUCUCUCCUUUUUCUCGUUUUCCUUUGUCUAGUUAUGAAAUAGCCCACCUACUCACUUGGGUAUUUUGAAUCCUAGUCUAAAUAUGUGUUAGGAUGUAAGAACAUGAUUCUAUUUAUGUUGAUUGUGUGUUUUAUAUAAUAUUUGAGGUAUUAAUCAUGAUUUGUGGGUGUUGCUUGCAUUAUCUCAUUUUUGUGUCAAAUAGACCUAGGAGGGGGAAAUCCCCCUUUGGGCCAUAGGGAGCUUGACCUCCUACCCACUCGGGUAACCCUUUCUAUGUUAAUCUAGGGACAAAACCUCAAGUAACGGAGUAGCACCUUGAUUCCCACGGGAUUGGUCUCUCCGCCGUCAGGAUUAAGUUCUGAGGGAUUGGUUUGCAAUCCUUAGUCAACCGGUUUACAGGGACUAGAUCGUCUAGCCUAGAGUUCCAAUCCUCAACCCAAAGGUUAAGAGAGUUAGACCGCUAACUUAAUGCAACAAUCCUAAAUUGGUCAACUAAGGGAGUUAGGAUUUCCUCAGUUGAUCGGUUAAGAGAGCUAGAUUCCCUAGCUUCGUGUCACAACCCUUAAUCGAUCGACUAGGAGAGUUUGCCCCUAGCUAGAUGCACCCACCUCACGGUAUAGGAACGCAUCCUUCACAAUAGAGUUUUGUUCAUGAUUUCUUAAUACAAGAUUAGGGGAAGCAAUACCCUAGUAAAGUCCUCUCGUAUAGAAUUCUCCUCGAUCUACUUUCCUUGCUUGUUUUUUUAGUUUAUAGUUUUCUUAGCUCUUAGAUUUAAAUCCAAAAACCGUUUUCUAGAUAAAAAUCUGAGUGAUUGAAGUAUGGGUACAUGGACCGGCCCGGGUUGACAUUCUAAAUACUUGCCCUAUACUGCACCCGGAUAGAGUUUAAAAACUUGGGCUCUAGUCGGGAUUAAUUCGCAGUGCAGUUUCGUGCGAGUCAGCAGCAUUGUAUAGAUGUACUCGGUAAUGGGCAGAAACUGAGAUGCAAUUAUUGUGAGAAGAAGUAACUGGUAUAUCUCGCUUCAAACAUCAUCUUGCAGGAACAAGAAAGGAUUUUGUCGCUUGUGUUAGUGUUCCUGAUGAAGUUAGAGCAAAAAUGCUAGAGCUACUUAGUGCAACUGAAGAAGGGAAGAGGACUAAGGCAAGGAAGUUACAUGAUCCCGGUUUUACUCAUGACAGAGAGGGUAGUGAAACUGCUAUUGAAGCUAGUGGCACUGGCAAACAGAAAAUAAUAACUACAGUUUUGAAGAAAGAACUCUGGGAAAAGGCUUGCAAGACCAUAUCAAAAUGGUGGUAUAAAAAUGUUACUCAAUUCAAUGCAACUAGAUGUGAUACCUAUCACCAAAUGUGGGAAGAUGUAGCUCGGCUUGGUCCUAGUUUUAAGGGUACCUCUCUCGGGUCAAAAGUCACUACUCAUCGUCCGAAAGGACACCCUAGCGUCGAGGAAACCUCUCUAGGUGGUCUGCGGAUCGCUCGAGCCGGGUGGUGACUCCAAGCCUCCAACCAACUUCUCCUCGAGGCGAUCCACACGCUACUCGAGGUGGGCUCUAGAGGAGGAAGGACCAGCUCUAGAUGAUGAUGUUGUUGAUGGUGGUGGUGCGGUACGCUGGCGGCGGCCUAGAGCUAGAGCGGAGGGACCCUUGGAGGUAGGAACAUGCCCUCAAUUUAUCAAUGGGGUCCGAAGAUUCGAAGUAGGUUCAUGGCGCUUAAGGUUUCCUCCCUAAACCCCGAGGAACGCCCUUCCUUUUUGCAACAAUCUAGGUUGACAUUGAAGUGUCGAGCUAGGUGGGUGAUGUAUGGACCCAGUGAUGUGACAUUGCUUCGACUGCCGCUAAAAGCCCUGCUGAAAGAGGUUUCCAGGAAAGAGCCAAGGUGAAGGUAACUGGAUGGAUCCGUCAUGGAGGCGAAUGCAAGCAAGGCUCUCUCGGUGAUCUUGUUCGCGCACAUGUAGCUUGGCUAAAGUGAAUGAGCAAGGAGUGUGUUGAUGACAUGCCAUUGCGGCUUGAGCGUAGAUGCUGAAGUGCGGGAUGGAUCAAAUCGAGAUCGUCGGUUUUUUGGGAGGCAAAACCUUUUGAAAGCGGCUUGAACGUUAAGAUCUUUGAUGGCAUCUGCCUCCAACUCUGCUUGCGACUCCGUGGGGACUCCCAUGACUUGAGCAAGCUCGUCAAAGUCAGUACACGAUGCACACCUCCCAAGUGGAAAUCAACAAAGCACGUCAGGUGCCCGAACGGGCUCCUCUCUUAAGGAUGUAGAAAGUGCUAUAGAACUCGAUACACAGUUCUGUGUAAAUUUCAUCUUCCAUCUUGAGGAGCCGGGGUCAUUUUGGGUGUGCAACAGCCUCUCUCAUGAUGUCUCCAUAGUGUAAUCCAUCAAACUAAGGGAAACACACAACACAAUCUUCAUAGUUUAACAAAAGGGGGUUUUCUCUCUACCUAGGUUAGAAUGGCAAAUAGAUUGAUAGGCAAAUACACAACACAAUCUUCCAUGAAAAUACCUCCAAAUUCGUAUUAAAACACACUCACACAUAGACAAUCAUUUUAUACAAUCAAUCACAUGGUAAUAGUUAGGGUUCACAAACACCCAAAUGAAAAGGGAAACUACUCCAUGCUAGGAGAGGGAAAAACACAAGGAGAAAGAAUAAAAAUCAUCAUGGAGAUGCUUGAAUCCUUCCUUGUGUAGAAGAGAUCUUCCUUUGGGGAAGAUUUUCGCAAAUCCUUGCCCUGGAAUGAAAUCCUAACUUCUUCUCUCUUCUCGCUCGUCAUUUUCUCUCUCUAAAAUAUUGAAGAAGAAGGUUUUCUCACUCAAGGUCUCCUCCCUUUUUUCCUUCAGCUCAAGCCCCCUUAUAUGCCAUGUCGGGCUCAAAUCACGGUCCGAGUUCACGACCGUGAACUCAAGGCGGGGAGCGUGAUCUCGGACCAAAACGUGUCGCAUCACUAACUCAGUUUAUGGUCUCUUGCUUGGGUUCACGGUCUUACGAUCAUGAACUGACUUGAGUCUAGUGAGAACCAAAAUGGCAAUGUGUAUUGCUUCAUUUUGUUGCUUUAUAGUAAGAAAAAAAAAAAUUAAACAUAGGGAGAAAGCAGACUGAGUAUUUUUCAUAUUUCAAUCUUUUAGGACAUUCGUUUUGAUUUCAGAUAAUAUUCAUUUUUUUUCCGUUGAAUCAGUUGCAAUUGUAUUACCAAAAUCUAUAUGCAGAGUACAUAUAGGGACUGAUACAACGAAAAGGAUCACUUCAGGCAAGUAACCUUGUAGAGAAUAAAAAAAAAACCCCACUUGACUACUCAAAACCUCCCCAUCUCAACCUAUAGGAAACCAGCAGCAACCAGGUCUGCCUGUAAAUCACUAUCCUCACUACCCAGAUACAAUAAAUUAGAGAUAAUCAAUCUACCAAGAGCUGCAGCAUCCCUAGGAGCCAUUUGAUGCUGUCUGCUACAUCUUUCACGCCACAGGUAAGCAAUACAAGCACACCAGAAGAUCCCUGCAACCCUCCCUGUUGAGGUUCCCCUCUUGUUCAAGGCAACAGCAGCCUGCACACUUCCCUGCCAACUCGGUCUACAAAGCAGAUGACCUUCUCUCCAGCAUGAAACAACCUACAGGGAGUAAGAACACUGAAAAAACAAAUGCUCUCUGGUCUCCACCGACCCCCUGCAAAGCAAGCAGGAGCCAUCCAAAGUCUUACCCCAUCUUACCAGCUUAUCCCUGGUAGUAACACCAUCCAACAGAACCAGCCAUGCAAGCAAACUGUUAUUAGGUAGAUGCUUCUUUCCCCAUACCAGUUUUGCCCACUCCACCCUUUGAUGUUCAAUACGCAAAGAAUUCCACACAGUGGACACCUUAUAUACAGGCAUCAACUUACCAUCCCAACUAGGAGUAUCACCAGCCAUUGUUAGAUGAGCUUGAAGCAAUGUUCUAAGCUUGAGGACCCUUCUCCAUGCCCAAGAACUACUUGGACUCACAUUCAUAGUCCAAACACUACCCUGUUUGACCCUGUAUCUCCACAUCCAGGCCACCCAAAUUGCACCACUCUUCAUCAUAAGAAGCCAGACCAUUCGAAUAGAACAGGCUCUAUUCCAAGCCAGGAGAUCCUUGAUGCCAAGUCCACCCUCUCCUUUUAGUCGAGCCAUUUUCUCCCAGCCUAUUUUUGCUCUAACCUCAUUCCCCCCAUGCCAAAGAAACCUUGAGCAAACAACAUACACCUUCUUUAAAACCUUUUUAGGCAGGAGAAAAACUUGCAUCCAGUAUUGCAGGAUGCCCAUGAAAACUGAAUUAAUCAGCUCUAGCCUACCUGCAUAACUCAGUUUCUUUGCACGCCAGGUCCCAAUCUUGUGAGUGAUUUUCUCGACCAACUUGUCACACUCAGCUGAGGAGAGCUUCCCUAAGAAUAAUGGAAGCCCCAAGUACCUGACAGGGAGUUUUCCCUCUUGGAACCCAGACAACUGAAGAGCAUUGCUUUUGUAAAGCCCAGAUAGCCCCCCAAAAUAAAUUUCACAUUUGCUCGGAUUGCAUUUAAGUCUAGAAAGGGAAUAGAACUCAGUCAACAACUCCUGAACCUUGCAUAUUGCUUGUGCAGAGCCUUCUGUAAAGAUCAGAAGGUCAUAUGCAAAGCAUAGGUGAGUUAACCCUAUGUGUUUGCACUGAGGGAAGACAGUCCUGCCAUAGCAAUGGUGAAAAGGUAUGGGGAGAGAGGAUCCCCCUGCCUUACACCUCUCUUUGCCCCAAAGAAACCACAACGUCCCCCAUUGAUGCAAAUACUAAACUUGGAAGUUUUAACAUAGAGCUUAAUCCAGUACAUGAACUUAACAGGGAAUCCCAUAGUUUCCAUCAUUAAGAAAAGAUAAUCCCAGUUUACAGAGUCAAAAGCUUUCAUCAAAUCAAUUUUAAUAGCACAGCGAGAGGAAAGAUUCUUUCUACUAUAACUACUGACCAGCUCCUGAGCCAUAAGGAUAUUAUCCACAAUUCUCCUCCCUUCUAUAAAGGCUGAUUGAUUAUUACUUAUAACACUUGGGAGAACCCUCUUUAGUCUAUUAGAUAGAAGCUUAGCAAUGACUUUGUAGAGUAUAUUAAUGCAUGAAAUGGGCCUGAAAUCUUUGAGUUUACAGGCAGAGGUUACCUUAGGUAUAAGUGAAACAACAGUAGAAUUAACACUGCUUGGCAGCCUGCCAGUAGAAUAGAAAUCAAGAACUGCUGCUGUGAUGUCCUCCCCAAUGAUAGACCAAGUUUUCUGAAAGAAACCAGCAGAGAAUCCAUCAGGGCCAGGAGCUCGAUGUGGAUUCAUGUGCAUGACUACUGAUUUAACCUCAUCAGAAGUGACAGCCCCACAAAGCAUUGACUUUUCAUCCUCAGACAAGUGUUUAGUGACCAGAGCCUCUAGCUCCAACUUAUUUGGACUCACUGCCUGAUCCACCAUCCCAAACAAAGACUGAUAGAAUUGAACUGCUUCCCCAGCUAUAAGCUUAACAUCUGUAAUCUCCUCUCCUGAAUCCAAAACAAGUUUCCGGACAGCUUUCUUUGCAGUCUUGAUUUUAACAGAUUGAUGAAAAUACCUAGUACCCCUGUUUCCCAUAGUUAAACCUCGAAUUUUGGCCUUUCUCCAAUACAACCCUUCCUCUGCUACCUUCAAUUCCCCCCACUUCUUCUGAUGAGCAGUAACCUCUUAGAAAUUAUCUGUGGAAGGAGACCUUAGAGCCUCUUGCUGAGCUGCUAGAUAGAUGUACCCUGAUCAGGCUUGGUAGAAACUAAGAUUCCACAGUGAUCAGACAAAGAUCCAAUGACCACUUCCACCAUACACUCAGGAAAAACAUCAAACCACUUCUCAUUCACCAACACUCUAUCUAGACGUCUCGCAAUAGGGUUCAUCUCUUGUGUAUUUGUCUAGGUAAAGUGUGGCCCAAACGAUCUAUGAUCAAAUAACUCCAUGGUAGACACCCAACCUUUAAAAUCACCCAUACAGCUAGUCAUAUCAGUUAAAUUUGACGUAUCAGAGGGGCAAAGAACAGCAUUAAAAUCGCCCCCCCCCCCCCCCCCACAAUCCAAGGCAUAGAAGAAACCUUUAAAGGGGUCAUAUCAGUGUAUGUAACUCGACGUUCAGCCUCUUCAUUAGAACCAUAAACUCCCGUGAUAAAACAAGACUCCCCAUCACUACUUUGGACUAAAAGAUGCACAAAGUUUUUACCAGGCAACAAGACUCUCGCAGUAAUUUUGUCAGGAUUCCAGUAGACCCAUAGUCUCCCCAAAUCACUCUCUAUAUAGUUCAAAAACCUAUGCCAACGAGGACAAAAGCUCUCAGCAACUUCCUCAGAUUUUUCCUGCCUUAUUCUAGUUUCAAUAAUAACCACUAUAUCUACAUUAUAACUACGCAGAGUUUGGACAAAACCCUGCCUCUUAGAGGGUUUAAAUAAACCCUCUAACAUUCAAGAAGAGGAUCUUCAUGGUGGGGUUGAAGAGGUAAGCCUCCCACCCUUCUUACUACUUUUUUUUGGAGCUUCCUGAAGUUUGGUAACAUCAUCCUCAUUGUACUUGUUAAACACUUCAAAAUUCCGAGCCAUGUUCAAUACACUCUUAGGGCUGGGACUAGGAGACCAAACUCGAUGUUUACUUCCAUUCACCACAAGCUGAAAAUCAUCUUCUGAAGGGAGAAGAGGAGAUAGAGCAGCCUCCUGAAACUGAGUAUCCAGAUUAGUACACUGGAUCAGAUUUGAACCAACCAUCACAGAGGUAUUAAUCGGAGUUACCACUUAGUCUAUCACCUUCUCUUUACCCUUAUUGUGUUCAUCAGCCUCAUUUCCCACCUUGUCAACUGGACUAACUGAAGAUACUCCCCCUGAUUUGCUUUCCACAACUUCAAUCCUCUCCUGCACCCUGUUAUCCUUCCUCACCCAUACUUUCUCACCCUGCUUAUUAGCACAACCACAAUCCAGCCCAAAUGAACAACACCCCUGACAAACAGGGGGAAGAAAACUGUAUCCCACUCCCACCCUUAUCGAAGUAUCAUCAUCAGGCCAGACUAGGACGUGAUCAGGAAAUUCCCCAGAAGCACGCAGUUCCACUAAGACCUUUGCUACCCCUAAACGUCCACCUAGGCGAGUAGUCUGGUCGACACCAAGAGGUACACCCAACCAACUCCCCAUUCGACUAAACCCUUGAAAAUUAACAUACUCAAGAGGAGUGUUAGUGAACCUUACCCAGAUAGGCAAAGCCUUCCUUCCCAGAUCCUCUACAUUAAUCCCCGACUUCCAUGGACGCAGGUAUAGCAGAUUGUCGAAGUAGAACCAGGGGCCACUCUCCAGUAUCCAAUCACAGGUGGCCUGGGUAGGCAGCUGUAUCAGGAGCAGCUUAUCCCCCAGAAGCGAAACUCGAACCAUCCCAUCCCUUCCCCAGAUCUUAUUUGCCCACCUCCGUAGCACAGGAAGCGAUGGAGCCUCAUGAAGAAAUUGUCGGACCAGGCUGUGCCUCAAGCGAGCCGCACCCUCGUCAAUGACCGUUUUGGGCAUACGAAGUCCUCCUUUGUAGACCUCAGGCUUGACAUAGCAUAGUCGAUUAGCCUCCGAGAUGCCGAACAGGUCCGCCCAGGGCUUCACCGGGACUCCCUGAGACGAAUUCGUGUCCGGCGGCGAUGAAGAAGAAGCCAUUGCAGAAAACCAACCUCACUCACACACCGGCGCAGAUGCCGGCGCGACCAGCACGCUUGAUCGGAAACCUAGCGGCCGAAAAUUUGGGAGAAUCCUCUCUCUACUUUCUCUCUCUUUUUCUAAUUCUUUCUUCUUGUAUAAUAUUCAUUUUCAUUACCAAAUGACAUGCAUAUUUUUAGGUACUGGUUGUGAAGCACAAGCCAUUUUGCAACAGAGGUUUACAUUGCAUAUGGACACAGAGAUGGACCAGUUUACAUCCGUGUUGCUACUCUAUGGCAACCAAGUUUUUUUUACCAAUGAAUGUCGUGUUCGAUCCACCCAAAGUACUUCGGUGACAUAUCAGCCAUAACCUGUAUGUCGACUCCACCUCUGAUCAAAUUCAGUCUUGCUCGGAGAACUUAUCUAUGAAGUGGAAUUGGCAUGUUGUUUCAUUUUGAUUUCCACAGCACCUCUUGGAUUAUUAAUGAACCAAGCUAUUCGUGAACGGCUCGGUCUCGAACUCAAUAAAAGCUUUUUCGAUCCAAUAAAAGCUUGAAUCGUUUAUUAACAAGCUGAGCUUGAGCUUCACCUUGUUCAGUUCGUGAGGCUCGUGAACUAGCUCGAUUUGGUGGCUUGUUGAGUUCGACUCAUUAACUAUCUCAUUUUGAGCUCAUGAGAUGUCUCAACAUUGUAAUUAGCGAUCCAACUUGAUUACGGCUUAUGAGAAAAUCGAUCUAUAUUAUAUGAGUUAGUUUGUUAAUGAUGCAUAUAUUUAUUAAAUUGUAUAUUACACCUCCUGUGAUGUUUAAUAAUUUAAGUAUGUGAGCGAAUAUGUCUCGUAUAUGGCAUGAAGAUCAAUUAAUCACAUGUAUUGUAUAUGACAUAUAAAUAUUAGGGUAUUUAAUUCAUAAUUUAUCUUAGAGUUGAGCUCUAGCCGAAAUUUUGAUCUUAAUGAUGAGUCGAGAAUCAAUAAAUGAGUUGGCUCGUGUUAGGUUCAACUCAGCUCAUUCAUAAAUGAGCCGAGCUCGAGUUCGCCUUGUUUAUAAACAAACCAAACAUGAACAAAGCAAAACUCUGUUCAGCUCGGCUCAUUAACAUCCCUAUGCACCUCUAACAAUAGACUGCAUGUCGCAAUUUAGCCAUUUUCCUACUUUGAUUCCUCGCAUGGAAGUGGUUUGUAUGCUUGAUAUUGUUUAAUCUCGGUCUUCUUUGUAUGCUUGGCACCAUAGCAAGUUGCCCUCCGACCCUCCUAGAGCGGUUGGAAAAUAUCUCUCUAUUAUGCAAUAUUAUUUUUAGUCCAAGUUAGUUGUUUGUGAUGCACUUUACAGGCACUAGACCAGGUAAAUAAAGUGCAUUGACCCUAACUCUGUUUUGCCUCCUUCAAUGAGGUGUGCUUGCCCUUUGUUAUAAAUAUUCGCCAACUUGUUUAAUGUCUAAUUAGAGAAUUGCUUUUGCAGGUUAACCCAAAACCAAACUGUAUCCACCCGUCAUCUAUCCAACCAAACCCGUAGAAGAAUGUGGGUGGAUAGUGGGUCACCAUCGUACAAAGCCACUAGUAAGCGGGUGGGUCAAUUUGAGACCAAAAUCCGCCCAACCUGCCCAUUGCCUACCCCUAAUGACUGGUAUGAUUGUGAUAUGAUGGUGAUAUGAUUAUGGUUUGACUGGUAUGAUUGAUAUUAUGUUGUUAUGACUUAUAUGAAUGUAAUAUUGUGUUGUAUGAUUAUGAUAUUAUGUUGGUUGUAUGAUCAUAUCAUUUCAUAUCAAGCUCAUAUCAGUUCACAUCAAGACCAUAUCAGUCCAUAUCACGAUCAUAUCAAUCAUUCGAAGACCAUAUCAUAGUGGUAUGAUUAUGAUAUGACCAUGAUAUUAUCAUAUGUUAGUGGUACGAUAGAGUAGAUGUUGAGUGGUAUGAUGAUUAUAUGAAGAAGAUUGUUCCAUUGGAUAGACAUCCACCAUAUAAUGCAACAUUAAUAUAUGUUAUGCUUUUAUAGAUAGAAAAAGAAGAAUUGGGGGAUCAUCAUUAUUAGUUCUAAUUUUUGUUAGAGAGCGGUUGAUGCAAAUUUGUCGAUUUCAAAUCUCAAUCUAUGUAGGAUUUCAUGUCGAGCUAUCACAAUUAUUCAGAUCAUCAACUUGCAAUCAUACCAGUCAUACCAGCACAAUAUCACAUUCAUGCCAGUCACACAUUCACACUUGUGGUUGGUAACUAUGCAAAGUACUUAAUUUGAUGUAUACUUUUUUUAUAAAACUACGAGCGAAUUGGAUUUGAGGCUCAGGACUCGGAGGUGAUUCAAGUAAGCGAUAGACGGAUGUGAAAUUAAGGCAGGUGACAUCGGUGAGAUUACAGGGGUCAGGGCGGAGGGGUAAUAGUUGGAGAGGCGGUUGGUUGGAUCAGAAGAGACUUUGAAGUUGGCGGUGGUUGAGACAAGGAUGGGGGAGAAGGAGAAGAAAGUGGAAGACGAAAGCGAAAUAAAGAUUCUGGUGGCUGUUCCGUUCUUUUUUGUGUAAUUUCAAAGUAUUAUAUUUGUGGGAAGGGGAGCAGAGGAUUAAAUUGUGCGAGUUUUUUUGGGAAAGAUUGCACAAAAUUAAUUUGAGCUAUUUGUGGGAACUGAGUAGUAGGAAACUAGCAAAGAAAUAUAUAUUUUGAUAGGUUUUUUCUUGGAAAUUGAUAGUUUAUUUAUAUUCUUAUAAUGAAAUAUUUUAUUGAAAUUGGCAUAAAAUGGAGUAAAUUGGUUGUACAACAUUCGAACCAUUUCACCUAUGAAACAGGCGCACCGGCAUAAAGCGGUUUGACAACCUUACUUCUUCGCUUAAUGGUGGAAAUUUUAUUUUGAAGGCUCUAUAGUGAUUGGAAUUGGAACCAAAUAACAACUUCCCCUCAAAAGCGCUAGUGGCCAUAGAUUUGGUUCAGAACCAACACAGAUCUACACUUCUCUGUUCCACCCCUGGUGAUAUCUUAUUCCUUCGACUCACUCUUUGCUGCUCCAUCUUUCGAUCGAUUCCAGCUCCUGCUUGCGACUCCCUUUCGCAAAGUGGAUAAUCACAUCACGGAGAAUAACCUCAUCGUCGUCGAUUGCAACAAAAGUUGAAACACCCCCGAUCCUUUUAAACAAACCAAAAUCCUAUUGGCUCCGGAGCCGACCAAAACAUUGUUCAAAAACUUCAAUAAAAACUAAUACAACCAAAUCAUUUCCAAAAGAAAUUCAAAUGAAAUAUCCAAAACACUUGGGUGAACUCAAUCUAUAGUCAAUAAAACUUAACCUCUGAACCUCCAGUUUAUACUCAUAAUCAUAAAAUGUAAAAUUUAUGCAGUUUCACCUUCACUAUUGAUGUUGUUGCUCGUCUCGCCCUAUCUCCUCUCGAGCUACUCUCACUCUAACCCUUCAUCUACCUGAUGAGUGAGAAGGGGCCAGUCUCGUCGUUACUACAACCUAAAGUCCUUGCCUUAAGCGUUUCCUUGGCAUUUAACAUUAUUAGAAUUUCUCCUCUUAUGUGAAAGCCAUUCUUGCUUUCACCUUUAUAAUCCAUUCUCUAAUUAACUUAUAAGAGUUCUCUACUCCUAUCCUUACUCAUACACAUAAUUACUACUAGGGACCACCGCGUUAUGUCUCACAGUCCGAUGUCCCUACCUCAAAAGCAAUGGUAUUGCGUUACGUCUCGCCGCCUAGCACCAUUCCCAAUCAACUACUGCGUUAUGCCUUGUCGUCCAGCAAUGACCCAAUAAUGUACUGCGUCCAGUAGUGAUCCCAAGGGUUCCAUUACUUUAAUACCAACAUCCACAUAUAUCAACACACAAAUUCAUUCACACAAAUUAGCACAAUAAGUGCCUCCGCCUUCAGAAGGCGGUGGGAUACCGCAAUAAGUAAACGCACCUAACUCGUAAAUUAACAAACAUAAAUUGAAAUAAAAGACAUAAUCUAAAGGAACUCGAUAGAGAUUAUACCCCCUUUACACUCACCUGUUGGAUGGUGGUUCCUUAGUUCCUUUGAAGAAGAAACCUUAAGUCGCUUGCUCUCUUAAACCUUUCUUUCGUCGUCAUCAGUCUUUCCCUCAUCUUCCUUCUCAAUUUCCACGUCAAACUCAUAUUCUACUUCCUCUUCCUCGGAAACCAAUUCCUCGAUCACUGCAUGCGCUUGGAGUCUCCUGUCGUUACCCUUGUUGACCUUCUUAUUUGGCCCUCAAUUCGGAGGCCAUCGACGGGUCGUCCAUUCCCCAUGUCGUUUAUCGCAUCAUCUCUCAUUUUGUUAUUGGUUGGCGAUUAAACCACCUUUAGACCUCAAUCUUUUGCCGUCAAACUAUGAUUUACAAUUGACGGUUUGGGUUAGUUUGAUUAAUCAAACAAACUUGGAAAACGACGUGGCGUUGAGGGAGAAAAUUUCCCUUUUUCUUCUCGCUACGUGCGUUGCGCUGCUCCUCUCUACGCUUCCACUGCGGGAGGGGGGAUAAUCGUGAGGGGAGGGGACUCAGGUUGAGGGAAUAUUGGGGUUUUUUAUAUGGGGGUUUCUUCUAGCUGCAUGCGGAAAUAAUCGAGGGGGGGGGGGGGGGGGGAGCGGCACCUUCCCUUUAAUACAUAUAUUUUUUGUUAAAUACACUUGUAUAUCCAAAACUUUCACGGUUGUGCCAAUAAUAUCCAAAUUUCCCGAAAUACCACUUAUAUCCAAUUCCUUCACAUUCUUUAACGGUGUUUUUGGAUAUACAAGUGUAUUUAACCAAAAAUAUAUUGGGAAAUGGAUAGAUUUGGCAAAGAACAACUUUAAAACAUGGAUAUAAGUGGUAUUUCGUGAAAUUUGGAUAUUAUUGGCAGAACCGUGAAAGUUUUGGAUAUACAAGUGUAUUAAACCUAUAUUUUUUAAUUAAUAAUAACAGUAAUAAUAUAAUAAUAUUUAUAUUAUUAAUAAUUAAUCCACGAUUGUAACCCUUUGUAUUUAACCAUCAAUACAACUGCUCAUUAGUUAUGGUUGAACCUAACCCAAACGUCGGAGUGUAAUAUUUCCUCCACCCUUAUAAAAAAUUUGUCUCCAAAAUUUGUUCGGAACUCAACUUUCCUUUCACACCGGUCUUGUACUUCCUUGCCCCAAAAAUUUAUUCUCACUAUAUCUGCUUCGAUGGUGCCCUUUUAAUUCUUUGCAACUUGGCUUGGUUGCAUGAUAAAACGAAAUUUUGAUUCAAUAUGAUUCAUGGUCCAACUCAUUCAGUAGUUGGUUGUUGAAUCUAGAUCCAAAUCGAGGUAUCACAUUUCCUCUCCACUUGUGAAAAUUUUGCCCUCGAAAUUUGUUCCUUGUGAUAAUUCUCCUUACAAUGAAUUAUACCUCCUUUAACUUGUACGACAUUGAGCUAUAAAUAUCUUCCUCCAAUCAGAUGUGAUUCUAGUAGACUAGUAGUUCACCCAUUUCUCAUAGACAACCUGCUCAACUAACUAUUUGCUCGAUACAACUAUUAAAUCCUCCACUCAUAGACGACUUCGAUGUUGUGGUGCUUUGCCAAAUCAUCUUGUGAUCACUUUGCUUUCUCAAGGUCUCCUCUUAUGAUUCCUUAAGUAACUUUGUCUAAUAAUUCACCAAUAUUUUGACCUAUAAUGUUCUCCUUUUCAGGACAGUUGAUGCAUCUCCUUGAACUCCAUGACAUAAACGUCCAUGGUGAGCGUUCGACUUGCUCGCUAAUACCCGAUUGUUUGAUGCUUCUUACCCCCUUCAGAUUGGCUAUGUACUUCGAACCCCAAGGUUAUUGGUGGCAUAUUAUACUUCUCUUUGUAAUGUCGUAAAACUCAUUCAACUCUAGUCCAUAGUUAACCACAUAGGUCUCUAGGUCCUUGUACCUUUUAAUGUUGCAUCUCUUACUUUUCCUUCUUUAAUACUCCGUCUCAGCCUUAAACUGUCAAUUCCAAUGAUCCUCUCCUUGAUGACUGUUUCAUAUGGUUAAAGUCCUCUUUUUAGUACUUUCACCUUUCGUAAUGCAUUAAAGAUAUCCCUUCGUACCUCUAUUACGUGCCCACGACAAUCAUAAAGCCCCAAAAGUCCACUAUUAUGGCUAAAUUCAUUCCAUUGUCUCCUUGUUAGUGACAUAGUAGCUAGAGUCGCACAAGGCGUAGACAUGCUACCAUGUGCGUAAACCGCCUUCUAAUGUGUUUGGUUUGAACUCUGAUAUCAUCUCCUUAAGGCGUUGGUCAUGUAAGGAUUAAACUUUUUCCUCUACAUCACUUUGUCUUACUUUACUUCGACAUUUUCCAUGCUCCUUUAAGCAGUUCACUCGGUGUAGUCCGCUAGAUUCUAAGAUGCUCUUCCUCAAUUAAAUACUUUGACCCAUAAGGUUUUCAUCCUCGAAAUAUCGAGAUGAGCUUACUUUCACCUCAAGUUGACCGAUGAGCUUCUAAGUUCUCGACGGACAUCCUAUGUCCGAUUGUUCCCUACCGGUAGUCACCUUAACACCUCCUUGUUGUCUUUCGUACUAUCUUUCUCCCUGAAUUCUUCGUCCUUUCGACUACCAACUUUUUACUAUAACUUUCAUUAUAGACUUGUGGUGUCCUACUUACUUCCUUACUUCCGCAAUUCCUUUAUCGAUGCUUUGUACUAUCUUUGAUAACCGAACUCGAUUUAGUAGUUCCUCGUCGUUUCUCAGGGUCGACAUAUCCAUUAGAGGUUUUCUCUAGGUAAACUUUAACAUAUGUCAUCCAUAUAUUUUACUCAUGUCGAUGCUUGUCCAUGGCUUUAAUCACUUAGUUCAGGUUUGCGGUGGCUUGACUAAAUGUAUCUCGUUUAUCCUUAUCUUGCCCCUAUUGAUGAAAUCCUACCAUGACACAACCACUUAGAGUGGGGCACUUUGAAUCAUGUAACUUAGUGCUUUCCUCUUUCUCAGUAAUAUUUCUCCUCAUUGUACUCCUUUACACAACUUCUUGAACUUAAGUUACUUACCCAAAUUCCAACCCUUUUAACCAGGAACCCACAUGUCCUUCCUCAACUUCAUGCACUCGACGACGUCACUAGUGAAACCUCCCGAUCAUGGCCUCAGAGAUGACAUUCUCGAAUUCCGUACCACUUUUGGAUUUCUUACCAAUCUCUAAAUGAUUUUAACGAUGCAUUUACACAAAAGAGCUCGCAACUCCCACCUUAGAGUUGACCAGUGGACUCCUUGCUCUCUCCUGGUGUGUUAUCUAAGUCCUCCUUAUCAUGACUAUUGGAACCUUUCCUUGAAGUCUUUGAUAUUUAGGACUUCCCUUGAACGUUUUGCUUGUCUAUCCUCGAUUGGCUUGAUGACUUAUGGUUGUAGCAAGUUUCGGUAUUCUUGCUCUUAGUCUACUUCAUUCCAACUCACUACAGCGGUUCCUCCUUCUGCCACCUAUCAGGUAACCUAGGUGACUUGGUGCUCCCACCAUUUAGGAUAGGAAAAUCCCACAUCAGGUCAACACAUGUUGAGCUCCUAUCUUCUCUUAUAGGAGCUCUUUCAAUUCCCCUUCCAACGUUCCAAUGAUGUUCCUUGUGUCUCAUGGCUUCCUGGUUUUCCGUGGCCAUAGUCAUUUAUAUGGUCUUUCAAAUCCCUUCUCAUGUCUCAAACCGUCCUUGAUGUGAUAUCGAAUAGCGCGAUAUUUCUCGUGGUCUUAUUCAUGAGUUGGUGAUUGUUUGAUUGGUUUCAUAUACCAAUUGGCCCUUCACACGGGUUGGGAUAUGUUUGAUCGUGUUCCACCUUAUUCUUUUAUUUUUGAGUUCAAGAAAAUCAUAAAAAUAUCGUUGUAGCUGCGUACUUAGGUCAUAUCAUCUGAGUUCAAGGAUUCUCUUCGGAUUUGGAUCAUAUAAGUCCUCUUACUUUCUUAGUGUUGACUUAGUAUCUAGUUCGCUGUUCUCCAUUCGUACCAUUAUGCUCUAACAUAAUGCCAUUCCAUCUCAUAUCUUAUGUCCUUUAGCUUGCACCUAUCAGUUAAAUAUUAUUCUUAUCCAUCCUUGUUCUCUACAUCAUUUAUCUUGAUCCUCGUCUUGUCCCUUUUUAAAGGCUUUUCAUCGGCCUAGUUCCCCAAGUUCAUGAACCCUCUUGUUUACAUCUAUACUUUAUCUAUAAGGGUUUCCUAAGGCGAUGUAUGUAAACAACCAUGUUUCCUCUUAUCUUUGACCUAUUGCUUCCUUGAAAUCCUGCCAGGCUUCCUAUGACCUACUUAUUUCCUCUCUUGCUUCAUUUAUGCAUCCCCAAAAUUGCUUAAAGUCUAAACUUUGAACUGCUCCUUGUCACUGUGUCAUAAUAGUGUCGACCACUAAAAUGAGUUGAAUGGCUUCUCACGGGGCCUUUUUGUUUCUUGACUCGAUGCCUCUUUGCCACUGCUUAGGGUCAAGGACCCUUAAAUCCUCCUUUUAUCAUUGUUAUUGGACUCUGGUUAUUGUACCUCUUUCCUUGGAGAUUCAUAUUUCCUCAGCUAUUUGUCUUAGCUUAUUAGAUCAUCUACUAGUGGUUUAAUGGUAAAGUCCUUGUACUACUGCUCCAACUCCUAAAAGCUUCCUUAGCUAUCCUCAUGAGGCCCUCGUUGAUCACCAACACUCCUUAAGGUCAUACCCCAAAGUUCGAUAUUCGUGAACCUGGACGAACAUUCCUUCCAUCCUUUCCUCCAGGUUGAUGGCCACCAUUAGCGAAAAUUUCUUGUCUACCGUCUUUCGAUGUCCUUGCUAAAUCGGGUCUCAGUACGGUGUGAGCAACCUUGGACUGCCCAUCUUGCUCAUAAAGGGCGUCCAUUAAGAGAUCCCCAUAGGAAUCCUUCCUUUCCCCUUUCCGGGACAUAUCAUAAUCCUGUGGAGGCCUCCUUAGAGUUAGAGUUAUUUUCUUAUCAUAAUUAGAGUAUACUAGAGAUUCUAUAAAUUCUCAAAAGAAGUCCUUGACUCGUUUGGCCAAACUUUUAACUGAAAACUCCUUUUUCCUUUCCUUUCAAAACAGAGACCUUUAAAAACCUAGAUCGUCACUCCAGUAUUCCAUGGAGACCAAGGAACAGAGGAAUGUCGGCUUUGAUACGAAAAUGAAACACCCCGGUCCUUUUAAAUAAAUAGAAAUACUCAUGGCUCUGGAGCCCACCAACACAAUGUUAAAAAACUUCAAUAAAAAACAAAUACAACUGAAUCAUUUCCAAAAGAAAUUCAAAUGAAAUGCCCUAAACACUUGGGCGACCUCAAUCCAUAGUCUAUAAAACUUAACCUCUCAACCUCAGUUUGUAUUCAUAUUCAUAUAUGAAACAACUACGCAGUUCCAGCUUCCACUCCUGACUGUGAUCCUUCCUGAGACACCUUCACUGCUGAUGUUGUUGCUCGUCUCGCCUUAUCUCCUCCCGAGCUACUCACCCUCUAACCCUUCCUUUACCUAGUGAGUGAGAAGGGGUCAGUCUCGUCAUUACUACAACCUAAUGUCCUUGCCUUAAGUAUUUCAUUGACAUUUAACAUUAUUAGAAUUUCUCCUCUAACGUGAAAGUCGUUCUCACUUUCACCCUUUAUAAUCCAUUCUCUAAUUAACUUAUAGGAGUUCUCUACUCCUAUCCUUACUCAUAUACAUAAUUACUACUAGGGACCACUACGUUACGUCUCGUCGUCUGGUUUCCCUACCUCAAAAGCAAUAGUACUGCGUUACGUCUCGUUAUCCAGCACCAUGCCCGGUGAACUACUGCGUUACAUCUCGCUGUCCAGCAGUGACCCGAUCAUCUAAUGCGUCUGGUAGUGAUCCAACCUCCCGGGAGUUCCAUUACUUUAAUACCAACAUCCACAUAUAUCAAUACACACAUUCAUUCACACAAAUAAGCACAGUGCGUGCCUUUACCUUCAGAAGGCGGUGGGAUACCAUAAUAAGUAAACGCACAUAACUCGUAACUUAACGAAUAUAACUUAAAAUAAAAUAUAUAAUCUAAAGGACCUCGAUGGAAAUUUUAUCCCCUUUACACUCACCUGUUGCGUGGUGGUUCCUUAGUUCCUUUGACGAAGAAACCUUAAGCCACUUGCUCUCUUGAACCUCUAUUUCGUCGUCGUCAGUCUUUCCUUCAUCUUCCUUCUUAAUUUCCACUUCAAACUCACAUUCUAGUUCCUCUUCCUCGGACACCAAUUCCUCAACCACCGCCUACGCUUGGAGUGUCCUAUCGUUACCCUCAUUGACCUUCUUAUUUGGCUCGCAGUUCAGAGGCCAUCGACGGGUCGCCCAUACCCCAGGUCGUUUAGGAAGGUACCGUGGCGGCUUAGUUAUCGCAUCAUCUUCCAUUUCCUUAUUGGUUGGCGAUUAAACCACCUUUAGACCUCAAUCUUUUGCUGUCAAACUACGGUUUACAAUUGAUGGGUUUGAGUUAGUUUGAUUAAUCAAACGAACUUGGAAAACGACGUGACGUUACUGUCCUUACCUUUUUCGAACGAUUUCACGAUCAAGGCUGGUCGAGGGAAGCAGUGAUGCGACUCUGCUGGGAAGAACCACUCCCUUUACUAUUAUUUCUUCUUCUUCUUGUUCUUUUCCCUCUCGCUACCAGACCGGUGCUCUGUUUACCAUCUUCUUCUUGUUGGGAACCAGGAAGCGCCCCGAGGGGGGGGGGGGGGGAUUUCCCUUCUUCUCCUCGUUGCGUGCGCUGCUCCUCUCUACGCUUCCGCUGCAAGAAGGGGGGGGGGAUAAUCGUGAAGGGAGGGGACUCGGGGUUGGGAGAAUAUUGGGAUUUUUUAGAUUGAGAGUUUCUUCUAGUUGUUGGCGGAAAUAAUCACGGGGUGGGGACGAGCGACCCCUUCCCUUUUAUAUAUAUUUUAGUUAAUAAAAAUACUAAUAAUAUAAUAUAAUAAUUAUUACAUUAAAUUGUUUACAAAUUUUGUUUUGACUAUUAUCUUGUUUAAAAUGAAAAUUUUGUAUAUUUGUGAUUAAUCUGACCGAACCGAACAACCUAUGAACGAACCUCUAUCUCAAUUGCUUCAUUGGGCGGACCAACUAGUUGACAACCUUGCUAGUUGCUAGCGUGUGCCGUUUCGGCGAGCGGUUACUUACUUGCCUGGCUUGGCUUGCGAGUUGCGACCGACUAAACGUCGCAGGAGAGAGAGAGAGAGAGAGAGAGUAAAAUAAUUGAAGAGGACGAUAGCGAGAGAGAGAGGAAGAGUAAGAGAGAUUGCUGGUCGGAGAGGAGUGACAGAAAGAAAGCGGGACCCGUCGGAGAUAAAAAAAAAAAAAUUUAAUUUGUUCGAAAUCAGAGCAAGGAAGAUCGGUUCGGCGAAGAGAGAACCGCAAGGCGUGGAAGUCAAUUUUGCAGGCAUUCAGUGAAUCCAGGAGGGAGGCUGUUCUCAGGUAUCCUUUAUCUCGUCCAAUUGAAAUAUCAGACUAUCACAAAGAAUAAUCUAGGUCUCCGGUGAGAUGAGCUGAAUUGAUGAUGAUGAUGAUGAUGAUGCCUAAUUGCCUAUUGGGUUCGGCCAGUGAGCCUAAGGGGCAAGCCUUUGAAUAGUUUCCAUGGGUUUCAUCUGUACGAUUGAGCAUCGCCACCUCCAGCAUCUUCGCUUUUUUCUACUCUGAUUUGAUGAUCCAAACUAGGAUGACUAAUAAGGCUAUCGCAGCAUGGUCAAACUUAGGAUGUAUAUUUUUUUUUUUUUGUUCCAAAUGUCAACUUUCAAGGGACAGAAGGAGUUGCCUUAGGCCAUUAGCUUAUUUUUGCUAUUAUGGUUUAGCGGUGGUUGGGAACUGUGUUCAUUACUUGAUGCGAACGCCAUGGGAUAACAGCUGUAUUCCUUUCUUUCGAGCCCUUCGACCGUGCUCUAAAAUAUUGGUGUUUCGAGGUACAAAUUGAAUUUGUACAAUAACAUUAAAGGUACAAGUUAUAUCAUGAAGGAAUUUGUACCUUUAUGUUAUGAUACAAGUUAGGCUUGUACCUUGUACCCUAACAUAAAUAGUUUGUACUAUAAAUGUAUGUGUGCAAACUGAAUUUUUACCAUGACAUAAAAAGCACAAGUUCAGUUUGUAGUAUAAAGAUUUUUAUUAACCAAAACACCAAUACUAGAAAGCAUUGUAAAAUUCUGCUUCUUUUGGUUUCUAUUUUUUAUUUGUUUUUGAUAGAUGUUCUUGAUCCUCGCGGACGCAGGACAUCUUUGUUAAGCCAAUCCUCGACCAAGUCUCUUACUGUUCGAAUUCUUAGAAUAACUGUUUCUUAUAUCCUUACAUUGAGUAUAAGGUUUCUUGGUACUGCCUUGGCUUUGUGAAUCUUUCCUUGUUAGGUGUCAUAAUAGAUCAUAGAACCGGUCUCCCUGGUCCAUGAAGUUAAUGAAUUUUUAGAUCGCUUACAUAGCUUGCGCAUAGCUUUCUAUAUUUGCGAUAUUUUUUUAAACUUGCUUAUGUUCCUUUUUGCCCAGCUAGGUACUUGUUUAGCAUGUUCAUCACUUGGCCUGGAGCUUUCUUCACUUUAGAAUUGGUCUUUACUUGGUCCAGUGCUUCUUCUGUUUAACAAUAUGAAAAACGCUAAUUUGCUUUUGUGAUUCUGAUCAUCUUCAGCUCCCUACCACCUUCACUACCAUUACACUGUAAUAAAGUAUCAUUGGCACAAUAGCCUCGCCUGGCACAGGCUAAGGCAGUCUUCUCAUGUAUGCCUAGGAAUUCCAUAUCAUAUUUGUUUGAUAUGUUGAAAGCUUAAGAAGUAUUUGAAGAAUUACGGACAGAAUCUUCUUAGAUUGUUGUGUCGAAAAUUGAUUUGGUUGUGUAACUUAUGUGUGCCAAUUCUCUUCAGAUCGGUGUUGCUUUUUGAUAAAUUGAGAAAAUGAGUGAGGUAUUUGAAGGAUACGAACGCCAGUAUUGUGAGCUAUCUGCAAAUCUAUCCCGAAGGUGCACUUCAGCUAGCGCACUUGAUGGAGAGCUAAAGAAGCAAAAGCUCAGUGAAAUAAAAGUCGCCUUGGAAGAUGCAGAGUCUUUGAUUCGCAAAAUGGACCUUGAGGCAAGAAGUUUGCCACCAAAUGUCAAGGCUGUGCUUCUGGCUAAAUUAAGAGAAUAUAAGUCUGAUCUCAAUAAUCUAAAAAGUGAAGUUAAAAGGAUUGCUUCUGGUAACCUCAAUGCUGCUGCCCGAGAUGAACUGCUAGAGUCUGGGUUGUCUGAUGCAGUGACGGCAUCAGCUGAUCAUAGGUCAAGAUUAAUGACGUCGACAGAGAGAUUGAAUCAGUCUGAUGAAAGAAUCAAGGACAGCAGGAGAACUAUGUUGGAAACAGAAGAGCUUGGCGUUUCUCUUCUUCAAGAUUUGCAUCAGCAGCGUCAGUCUCUUUUGCGUGGUCACAAUACGCUUCAUGGAGUAGAUGACAACUUGGGGAGGAGCAAGAGAGUUUUGGGUAACAUGAGCAGAAGGAUGAACAGAAACAAAUGGAUCAUCGGUGCUGUUAUUGUGGCCCUUCUUGUUGCGGUCAUCUUGAUUCUGUAUUUCAAACUUAGAUAGGGAGUUUGCCGAAGAAAAAAGAAUUCCCACUCUUAUGGACUUUUUUCUGUGUUUGAUUCUACGUCGAGUUAUCAGUAACUGUUUUUAUGGCUGUUGUUGUUUCAUUUGGAGGCAGAAACUAUUGUAUUGCGAUUGCUGUCCUGGUGUGAAUUUAAGAUGAGUUUGCGAGUGUACUUUAUGAUGUUUUUGUUAAUAUGAAAACCUUGUUGAAUAAAAUCACAAGGGGUCA